AUUCGAGGUAUCUCGCUUAGUCGCACUAAAAUAACACGGAGUUUCAUCGCAAUCCUGUCCAAAUAUCAAUAAUGUGCCUAGUUUUCAUAUUGGUAUUCGCUUUCUUAGUCCACGAUGUCAUCGGAUGUCAGGACAGUCCUGUUGGUAUAGCAGACAGUAAUAUUAUACCAGAUGACAGAUUUACAGCAUCUUCAUAUUAUAAUGAUAAAUAUAAACCAUGGGGUGCACGUCUGAAUGGAGCAACCGGCUGGUCACCAAAGACAACAACCAACGCUAAUGAUUAUCUACAGAUAGACUUAGGUCAUGUGUUUUUUAUCUGUGCUGUGGCCACCCAGGGCUACGGUGUAUCUGGAAAUGAUGAAUGGACUGAACGAUACAAUAUAUCAACCUCGGUAAAUACUGUCAUUUGGACUUCUUACAAAGAAAAUAGGACAGAUAAGUCGUUUACUGGUAAUACAGAUAGUAAUACUGUGGUCAAGAAUGUCCUAGAUUAUCCAGUUCUGGUUAGAUACAUUAGGUUUAUACCCACAACGUAUAACAGUUGGAAAGCCCUACGUGUUGAAGUUUACGGUUUUGGAAAAGAUUGCAGCUUUUUACCAGUUGGUAUAAGGAGUGAUAAGAUACCAGACAGAAAUAUGACGUCAUCAUCAGCUUACAAUAGCACCACGUCACCAUCCAAAGCAAGACUAUACUACAAAGCAGGGUCAUCAUGGUGUGCUGCUACGAGUGACUCUUUUCCAUAUCUACAGAUUAACUUAGGAUCGCCUUACAUCAUUUGUGGUAUAGCAACACAGGGUGACCACAUGACAGAUCAGUGGGUACAGUCUUACAACAUGCUUACAUCAAAUGAUGGGUCUACUUUUACUAAAUACAUGGAAAAAAGCCAAGUGAAGUCAUUUACUGGUGACUUCGACUCUAAUACUGCAGUCAAGAAUCUUUUGUAUGAUGGUACUGUUAGUCAGUACAUACGUGUUGCAUCCACAAGUCAUUAUGGGAGUACAAGCUGCAUGAGAACAGAACUCUAUGGAAUAAAACACGAUGGAGGCUGCACAUCCAUGUUCGUUGGUUUGUCAUACUCUAGUAUUAUACCAGAUCACAGGUUUACUGCCAGUUCAUAUUAUGAUGACCGUUAUAAGCCACACUUUGCAAGACUAUCAACAUCCAGUAAAGCCUGGGGACCACGAACAACGUCUGGUGCAUGGUUACAGACAGACCUCGGUUCUGUGGUGUUUGUGUGUUCUGUGGCUACACAAGGCGCCGGUGCUGAUCUGAGAGACGAGUUUGUAAGAAGAUACAAGUUGCGAGUGUCCUUGGAUAAUGUGAAUUGGAAUUAUUACCGGGAAAAUAAUAUUGAUAAGACAUUUACUGGCAACGUAAAUAAAGACCAAGUUGUCACAAACAGCCUUCAUCCAGUGAAGGCUAAGUUUGUACGAUUUUAUCCCGUGAGAUUUCAAGCUUGGCCAAGUAUGAGAAUGGAAGUGUAUGGGAUAUCAUCUGCUUGCAGUUCACCUGUAGGACUUGAAGUACCAAGCAUCAUUCAAAACAGCCAGAUGAAUUCAUCUUUUCAUCUUGACAACAACCAUACUGCAUCACAUGGUCGUCUCUAUGGCAGCAGCUCAUGGUGUAGCAGCACGUUAUCUAACACUCAGUACAUACAGAUUAACCUGGGACAAGUGGUGACAGUGACAGGUAUAGCAACACAGGGUGACCACACCAUGGAUAAGUGGGUUACUACCUACACUAUCAGUUACAGUAUGGAUGGCAAUCUGUGGAACACUUACAAAGCUGGUAGCAACCGCAAUGAGAUAUUACUAGGCAAUGGUGACAAGGAGAAUGUGAGAGUACAAUGGCUGAGUCAUCCAGUGACAGCCAGGCAUGUUCGAGUUAUACCACAGACAUGGAACACUGCUAUAUGUAUGAGAAUAGAACUGUAUGGAUGUGACUAUGCUACCAGACCAGUGAUAACAAGUCUGACCAAUCAAAACCUUACAGCUGCAUCCAAUAGCUAUGUAGAUCUGGUGUGUAGUGUACAAGAACCAUUAAUACAGUACAUUAAAUGGUACACUGGUAAUAAUGACAUCACCACUCAAUCUACGGGUGUGCUACGUGGUGCUAAUGGAGUCAAGCAGUCUACAUUGAGAGUAAACUACACGUCUGAUGCUGAUAUAUUCAGUACUUAUGAUUGUUACAGGUUUGAAUACUCGUUGUUGUGCUAUAAGCCGUUCAUUUGUAAAGCAAUGUAUGGAAAUUUCAACACAGACGCUGAUGGGAUAAAAAGUGCCGGAGUGAAAGUAAGAUAUGACUACCCGUCUACACAAACGCGACCGACAGUUACAUUUCUUAGCUCAACAGCGGUGGGAAUAGUUUGGCAAAAGCUUCAACUAACUGAAUUCCAGAAACCUGUGACAUCAUAUGUGUUAGUCUACCAAAAUGGCACAUAUUUUAAGGCAAUAACGGUGUCCUCGCUUAGCUUGGUGAUCACUGGCCUAGAGAUCUUCACUAGUUACAAUAUUACAAUUAAAGCUGUUAGUAUAGUAGGUGAUGGGAAAUGGAGUCAACCAAUGAACUUCAGAACACAUUCAGACGUUCCAACAGGUUUUCCUACAUCGAUUACAGCAAAAGCCUGGACAUCACAAAGUAUACGUGUUACGUGGCAUGCACCAACAUCUGGAAUCAAUGGUCCUUUUCUUGGAUACAAGGUAAUUUGCAUAUCAGGAAACGAGAGACAUGAAAAUACUUCUCAACAAACAAGUCAUACGUUCAGUGGUCUGAGAAAGUGGACAGUGUACAACGUCACAGUGGUCAUACGUAACGAUAAGGGAGAUGGACCUAUCAAUAGUUACGCGCUUAUUCAAACAUUAGAAGAUGCUCCUGGACAGCCGCUACGUUUCCAAGUCACUGUUCUUAAUUCAACUGGUGUUCGACUGGAUUGGGCUUUACCACGUGAAACAAAUGGUAUCAUAAGAGGGUUCAAAUUGCGCUACGAAAAAUCUGGUAACAAGUUAGAGAAGGAUUUACCUGGUAAUACGACUCUGACAUAUGUGCUGACUGGACUGGAGAAGUGUACUCUGUACUCCUUUAAAAUGUUGGCCUAUACAGUCAAAGAUGGCCCUUUUACAUCUGUGAUCCAGAAAACAACAGCAGAAGAUGCUCCAUCUGUUCCUACUAAUUUCAAGGCAACCAUCACUCCUCCCAGCGGCCCUUCAGUUCCACAACUAACACUAACCUGGGGUAGACCUGCGGUUUGUGGUAAUAAUAUUCGCUGUUACAAAGUAUCAUACAACCAUAGUGAAGAUCCCUCAAUAGAAGUGGAAACUGUCGAUAAAAGCCAACUGAAGAUAACGAUACCUGUCUGGGGAGGAGUGACAUACGAGUUUCGUGUCAGUGGAGUCACCAACAAGGAAGGACCAGACACCCCCAGAAAGGUGGUUGCAAUACCAAUUUAUGCACCCAGUGUUUCACCUUCUAACUCCACAAUCAGCGAGAUUAAUGAAACAACAUUCAACGUGUCCUGGGUCGAAAUUCCACGAAGUAAAUCUAAUGGUCCUGUUAUUGCUUAUGAAGUUAACCAGACAUUAGAGAGAAGAAGACCAAAAGCUAGGAGAUCUAUUUUUGCUUUAGUACAAGUAAAGCUGAUGAACUCCUCUUGUUGUAGUCUUCAAUUAUAUGAUCUACUUCUUUGUACUGAGUAUCACAUUUCAAUAAAAGGAUACACAAGCGCUGGUGCAGGACCUAGCAGUGAUCUCAGAUCCCUGGUAACCUCUGUCCCAGGCCCUCCCGUAGAUCUUAACAUCCAGAGAACCAAGAAAAGAGAAAUUUCCUUAAAAUGGCAAAAACCUGAAUUGAUUACAGAAGCAAUAGAGAGCUACACGAUGUUAUUUGAAGGACAGAAAGACUACAAUAAGAGCUUUGUACACAGCGGUAGCCUACUUGUAUCAUCCACAAAUAUAGAGGUACCAAACCUAUAUCCAGGUACUCGUUACACGUUCCGAGUGUCUGCCACCACUGCUUGUGGUAAAGGAGACUACAGUAUAUCGUCAUCCAGCACUACGAAGGUGGAUGCUCCACCUGCUCCUGUUGUUGGAUUUGUUGGUAACAUCACGUCAGAAGUGAACAAUAUCACAGUUUGGGGAAGUUCAGAUAUCAAUGGACCAAUCAAGGCUUACCAGAUCAUUGUUGUAAAAGUGGAUACAACCUGUUCUUUUGGUGAAAUGAAACUAAAAAGCUACGAAGAAGCAGAAAAAGAAGAACUCAACUACUACAUGGCAGCAGAGAUUGUAACAAACCCAGACAAGAAAUUCCCACGAGUUUUCAUUCUUGGAGACGAGAAAGAGUACAAUGGAUACCAAAAUGUUAAAAUGAAGAAAGGAAAACCAUAUCAAGUGUUGCAAAGAGCUCUGACGCAAGAUGAGAAAAAGGAGUACUUGGCAGGCCCAAGAACUUUGAUAGCAAGGGGGAAGAUAUCAGAAAAGAAAGAGUCAUUCUCCGGGAAAUCGCGGACGGACGCAUGUACAGCUUGUAUAGAUUUUUCAUUUUUUGCUGCUAGUUUGGCAUUCAACGUAGCUUUUUUGGUUGUCAUUGUCCUGGUUGUAGUGCACAACAGAAAGCUGAAGAAACAACUUGAAGAAAUGAAGAAAGUUAAAGAAAAAAGGCUUGAUAUUGCAUUUACACAAGAUGUUUACGCGAACACAAAUACAAUUGACGCAGAGGAAGGACUACCAAUGGGCCCUUUACCUGCCCACGCAGGCUCCACAUACGAGCAGAUACAUGGUACAGUAGAUCCAUCAGAUGUACACACGGAAGUUUCUGGUCCACAAACCAUAGCUACUAAUGUUGGUGGGGGAUACUAUGAUUCGAUUAACGAAGGAGGCAAAUCCAAUCCUAAUGAACGAAUAUACGAAACUAUUCAUCCGGAAACGCAAUCAUCGAAUCCUGACAAACUGCAAAAUACCAACGAGUCCCCGGUACAACCUACGUAUCAACCCCUUAUGCCCCAGACUAAACCGGUUUACGAAAGCCUUCAUCUUUAAGAAAUUUAAACUCAAAUUGAAAAAGGGCCCGAAAAACUUUAUAAUCAACAUUAACGACAGGAUUGCUGUACGCUAUUAGCCAUAUUCCAAAUUUGGUAAAACAUUGUGUCUAGUUGGCACUGUAGUGCAUUGUGAUACUCUCUAGGACGAAAUAGUCGCCAUCUGUUGGAAAUGUGUCACCCAAAGCAGUCUCACAAUGUACUGCAAUGUCCACUCGACACGAGAAUUUUUCUCAAACUCUGAUUGGCAAAUAGUGUUACAACAAGAUUAAAAUUAGCAUAGAGAUGUUGUGGAUGUUAUUUCAUGCAUUAAAAAAAGAUUACAUUUGUUUGCUUAUAGAUUUAAAAAAACUUACCUCAGACAACCUUGAAAACAUAGGAGACCCCAAGUGUGUUUACUUAUGCAUUUAAAGAAAGAUCACAUAUUCGUUUGCUAAUAAAUUACAAAAUGUAACCAUAGACAAUGAAACUAAUACUUUUACUGAGCACUAUCUCUAGAAAACAAAGGAGAAGGGAUAAUAUUAUCUGUUAUCACAGAAAUGAAUAUUUAAAAAAAAACGGUGUUUGUUAAUUAGAAAAAAAAUUAAAUAAAAUAUUG